AUAUGUCUUCCUUUUUUAUUUUGUUACUAAUGCCUGUAGUUAUAUUAAAGACUGUGCGUUUAAAUGUUUAAUAUUUGUACAGUGUAGCAGCAAGUUUCAAGUUACGGUAGCCGUACGUCUGAAGCGUCUGAAGACAGCACAUUGUCACAGCCCGUUUUCACGAUUUAUCUUGGCAUCUAAGUAUUUCAAUUGUGGGAAAUUCUGCGCGUGAUAAAACAACCUUCUCUGUUCUAAAAUAAUUAGUAAAUUUAUUAUGCAACAAUGAAAGUUUUAAAUAGUCUUAUUUCCAUUUAAUACAAAUCUCUACCAAUCGAAUUCACCUUUCUGUAAUUGAUCCUUGCGUACCUCGGCUGUGCUUGUCGUGAUACGUGGGUUAGAUUGUGCGCCGGAUUGUAAGCAUAUGACCUGUGCGUGAGGUUAUGUUGUGGUGAUUGCAGUUUCAUGUUUUGGAUGUGUUACUAUUAUAAUUUAUAUGGAUUCCGUAUGCAUAGAAGUUGAACCGAAUCGGAAUGCUGAAGCAUAUCGCAAUUAUCAGCCCGCAGCUUUACCAGCACAAGUUGAAAAGUAUUUAGAUGUGAUGGAAAUAUGUGAAGAUGGUUACAUGUUGCUUGGCUGCUCUAAUUUGACUGGACGCUUUUGGACUGGUUCUUUGUGGUACUUUCUUGAUCCUGACUCUGCACCAGAUGUAGAAAAAUGUCUCACAGGCAUUGAAUGUGAGACAGGUAUCACCGAUGGCAAAUUCCUUGAAGACAACAACAAGGUCAUUAUUGGUGAGGACUCUGGUGUGGUGCAAGUAUUGGGUCUCUCUGAGUCACCAGGCGAGCAUACCUUCCAUUUUGAGUCAUUGAGUUCAGUAUGUGAACAUGAUGAUAGUGUCUUAUCAGUUUCUGUAUUUUCGGAUGGAAAACGAGCUGUUACAGGAGGUUUAGAUAUGAAUAUCAAAGUUUGGAGUGUUGAAUCUUUGACUUCUGAAUGCACAUACCGACCUGCACAUCUACACCAAGUGUCCUCUGUGUGCACACAUCCACAAGAUGGCAGCAGUGUGUUUGCUUCAUGUUCACUCGAUGGCAUGGCUCUUAUAUGGGAUACUCGAAAUGCAAAGCCUGCCAGAGUUGCUUUGAAUGAUGGCUCACAAGGGUUAACAUCAGUUGCUUGGCACAUGUCACAAAGUGAUUUAUUGGCUGUUGGUUCAAAUUCAGGAGACAUAAUAAUGAUAGAUGUCCGACAAUUGAAAGAACCACUUGGGUUGUCGUGCUGUUUUAUUCGUCCAAUUCAUCGCUUAAGAUUUGCCCAUCAUUGGCCGGAAUUGCUAGCAGUGUGUGCAGAUGACUCCAGACUGAAGGUGCUAGAUUGUACUGCCAGUUCUCCGACUGUAAUAUAUGAAGAUGACCGCCAUGAUGACUUUGUGCGUGGAUUGGCAUGGCACCCCAGAAGUGAGAGUUUAUUCUCAUGUGGUUGGGACAAGCAAGUGUUGGCACAUAAGUUUGCUCUUUCUCGUAACAAAAUGGAGGUAAAUGGUAUAAUUGAGAAAGAUGUAGAUCAAGAACAGAACUGAAAAAAAAAGAAGGAAGAAUUUCUGUAUUUUAACAGGGAAUCUCUGUAACAUUCCUUGUGGUAGGCCAGAAGGUCACAGGAGAAUAUCUUUAUAUCAUCGUAAAUAUAAGAAAUACAGUGGAACCUCUGUGAAGUUUUUUGUUUCCACUUGUUAUGAAUUUUGGGAUUCUCACAACAUUGAAUGUUAAGACUGCAGUCUGAAUUAUGAUGCCAUGCAAUUCUGGUAGAUAGAUCAUUUAUCAUUAUAUCCUGUUGUGUUUUUUAUUGUGUUAUAAGUAAAACUGUUUUUUUAUCUUUUAAAAGCACAACUCUGUAUGCUGGCUGAAAAGUACUGAAAAUCCAGUAUAUAUUUUGCCCUGUAUUGAUCAUCUUGAGGUCAUACAAUAUCAGAAAUGUUAACUAGUGAAUUAUUAGUCUAAGUUGAAACAUUGAUCUAAUUAUCCACAAAUGUAUGUAGCUUUCUCAUGCUUGCUUUGUGAGAUGAUGAUAUGCCAUUAUUCCUUGGUUGUUCAAAGUCAUAGAUUAAAAUAGUGUAUGCUAAAACAAGAUAAAAUGUAAAAAGAAAAAAGAGAUUGUGUUUUGUUGCAAUAAUGCUGAAGGAAAAACUUAGUGGUGUCAGUUAGGUCUAGUAGGUAGAUACCAGUAUUUCAGAGGAACAAGGUGUCUGUCGUUUGGGUAGAAGAUGGAGCAGCAGUAGAAAAUGUGAACAGGUUCCUCUGAAAUGGUACCUAUUUACAGAACUACACAGUGUUCCAUUGUAGAAAAUCAUGAUUUUAUUACCCAGUGCUGUGAGAGUACGUGAGGUGUCACAAAUUAGUUUCAGUUGUGACAGUGAUAAGUGAUGUUGCACGUGAAGAAAUGGUGUUUCAAUCAAACACGAAAAUAUAAAAAUAUCUGAAUAACACAUAAAUGCAUCAAAGAAGGUGGUGAAAUUAAAAAUACAGAAUGACAUAAGGCUUAUGGUAGAAGAUGUCUUUUUUG